CAGAAACCUUCUUCCUCUGCUCUCUCACAUGUUCAAAAGCCUCCAUAGAUCACAACUUUGUAACGCCAAAAAAAAAAACUUUCAGAGAAGAAGAAGAAGAACAUCAUGGGAUUCUGCUUCUCCAAAUCACAAACCCAUGAAAUCCCAAUCUCUUCGUCUUCCGAUUCUACCCCUCGCCACCACUACCAACCUCUCCCUAAACGGACACGUCCUCAGGGGCAAAACAGUGAUUUCACCCCUCACCACCGUCCUCCUCCUCCUCCGAACCCAGCUCCUCCUCCGCAGCAGGCGACUUCCUCCGCCGCCUCAUCCCUAAUCGGCCCGAUUUUGGGCCGACCCAUGAUCGAAAUCUCCGCCCUUUACGAUCUCCACCGCGAACUAGGGCGCGGCCAGUUCGGGAUAACGUACCUCUGUACGGACAAAUCCAACGGCAGGGAAUACGCCUGCAAGUCGAUCUCGAAGCGUAAGCUUGUCCGGAACAAGGACAUUGAAGAUGUCAGACGCGAGGUCAUGAUUCUUCAGCACCUCACUGGUCAACCGAACAUUGUUGAGUUCCGAGGCGCUUAUGAAGACCGAAACAAUCUUCAUCUGGUGAUGGAGCUCUGUUCGGGUGGGGAGUUGUUCGAUCGGAUCAUCAAGAAGGGGAGUUACUCUGAGAAAGAGGCUGCCAAAAUUUUCAGACAGAUUGUCAAUGUUGUUCACGUCUGUCAUUUCAUGGGGGUUAUGCACAGAGAUUUGAAGCCCGAGAAUUUCUUGCUUGUUAGUAAGGAAGAUGACUCUCCGAUCAAAGCCACCGAUUUCGGGCUCUCUGUUUUCAUCGAAGACGGAAAGGUAUAUAAAGAUAUAGUCGGGAGUGCAUACUAUGUUGCACCAGAAGUUCUCCACCGAAACUAUGGAAAGGAGAUCGAUGUAUGGAGCGCCGGUGUCAUUUUAUACAUUCUUCUAAGCGGGGUUCCUCCGUUUUGGGGCGAGACGGAGAAGAGUAUAUUUGAAGCCAUCUUAGAAGGAAAACUGGAUCUGGAAAGCUCGCCAUGGCCUUCUAUAUCAGAAGAUGCUAAAGAUCUUAUAAGAAAGAUGUUGAAAAGAGAUCCUAAAAAACGUAUCACGGCGGCUGAAGCACUCGAACAUCCAUGGAUGAAAGCAGACAGCAAAAUUUCAGACAAACCCAUUGACAGUGCUGUCCUUAUUAGGAUGAAACAGUUCCGUGCGAUGAACAAGCUCAAGAAACUCGCCUUGAAGGUGAUUGCGGAAAAUUUAUCAGAAGAAGAGAUAAAGGGCUUGAAGCAGAUGUUCAAGAACAUGGAUACUGAUGGAAGUGGCACCAUCACUUUUGAUGAACUCAGAGAUGGUUUGCAUCGUCUUGGAUCGAAGCUCACAGAAGCCGAAAUCAGACAACUAAUGGACGCUGCUGAUGUUGACAAGAGCGGGACAAUUGAUUACAUCGAGUUCAUCACCGCAACUAUGCACCGCCAUAGACUCGAGAGAGAAGAAAAUUUGAUACAAGCUUUCCAUUUCUUUGACAAAGACGGAAGCGGAUUCAUUACAAGAGAUGAGCUUAAACAUGCCAUGACAGACUAUGGUAUGGGCGAUGAUGCGACCAUAGAUGAAGUCAUCGAUGAUGUUGAUACCGACAAGGAUGGGAGAAUAAACUAUGAAGAAUUUGUGGCAAUGAUGAGAAAGGGAACCACAGAACCAGAGGGGAAGCUGAGAUGAUCAUCCAUCAGAGAUCAUUGCUUUGAUUAUCAAGUGAAUAAAAUGAAUGAAUGAAUGAAUAAGUGAAUGAAAAAUAAAUCCUCCCUUUCUAUAUAUAUAUAUAUAUUUUUUC